AUGGCAGCGACCGACCAGAGCAGCGAGCCGGCAUCUCUGUUAGCCGGCAGCGAGCCCGAGAUAAUCGAAGCCUAUGACGAGCAAGUUCCAACAGCAAGCCAUGCCCUCGCAGAGGAAAGCAUCCAGGCCGACGACCAGGCCGCGAGCAAAGGCGCCAGCCAACUCGGGCACGACGACGUCGAGGUGAAGAACAUUGGAUGGAACCAAAAGGCACAGUCCGUUCCGCAGCCGGUGGUUGGCGGCCUGCGAAACGAAGAGCUCUGGACCUUGAUUCGACGCUUCAACCAGCAGGUCUUUGAGGUUCGGAGCAUCGACACCGUGCCGCUGGCCGACCUGGACAUGAACGUUGCGGAAGAUGAUGUCUUUUCGCCGGACAAGCUGCGGGCGACGCUGGAGCGCUUCUACAUGACAGUCGUUGUGUCUCUCUUUUCGCUGUGGAAGCACAUUGUCCGCCUCCGUUCGUGGCGGGAGAGCAAGAGAACGGCGUCCUUUCUGGCCGUGUACAGCCUCGCCUGGCUGCUGGACCUGGUGGUGCCCACGGUGAUUGUGUUCUUCAUGGUGCUGAUUGCCUAUCCGCCGGCGAGGACCUUUUGCUUUCCUCCGGUGCCACCGUCGAUUGUCGACUCGAAGACGGGAGGCGCGCAGAAGCCGCCGGCUGGGGUCCUUGCCUCUGACAGCUCCGUCACGGGUGCGCCCGAGAAGCACGAGGGCGAGGGCGUCGAGCAGGAGGCGCACAGCUUUGUCAACAGUAUUGCAUCAGUAAUCAUCAGCACGAGUGCCGGCAAAAACCCUCAGCAGGAUCCUCACGACGACAACACGGCUCCUGAUCCAACCAACCUCACCACCGACAUCGCCGAAGCCAAGGAUGCCACCGACGGGAAGCCGACGGAUGCAGUGCACGACAAGACAAAGACGCCCGUCGCCAACAUGGUCUGGACCAAGACCGGGCCUGUGAUGCACAUGCUCUCGGACUUUGUCGACACAUGGGAGCGGUUUGGCAAUGCCCUCAGCCCGACACCGCCGUUCCCUGUCGAGAGGCCGAGAUUGACACUGGCCGCCUGUCUCGUGCCCCCCUUGCUGCUAUCCUUCUACGUGACCUCGUACAUGCUGCUCAAGGGCAUCGGCUUCGGCUUCGGGUUCGUCCUCUUUGGCGACCCCAUCAUCACGCCCGCUCUGCAGUUUAUCAACCGGACAUACCCGCGCUGGGAGAAGUUCACCGAGCUGCGAAACACCAUCCUGCGAGGCAUCCCAACAAACGCCCAGCUGGCAAUCACCCUGCUACGCAUCGGCGAGCGGAAUAAGACGCCCAUUCCUCCGCCUCCAUCGUCUGACGUGCCUCCGCCGCCAGAGGUUGACCCUGAGGCGGCCCAGCAGGUUGAUGCUCUAGGUGUUUCGGACCACGAGGCGAGGGAGGCGCUGCAGCCCGAUCUGCACAAUGCACAAACAGAGAUCAAGGACGAUGACAACCAGCAGCGCAAGCCCAAGCGGUCUCACCGCAUCCUCCACCUGCUCAAGGGCACCACCAAGGGCGGCGUCCACACGGCGCUCACUGCCGACAAGGCCAAGGCUGCCGUUGGUGCCACCCAUGCACGCAACCGCCUGGGCGCUGUCGAUAAACGGUCCGACGAUGACUACAUGGCCGGCCCCGUCUGCUUCCCUGCGCGAUACGGCGGCAAGAAGGGCCAUGCGUUCAUCACGGCAACGGCUACAAGCCCUGCGUUGAGCUGGACCUCGGACAUCGAGGAUGUCAAUCCAGCCUGGACCGUUGCCAUAGAAGACAUUGCCCAGCUGAGGAAGGUCGGAGGGCUGGGAUGGAAGAGCAAGAUUCUUGUGGGAUGGGCCAUGGGGCGAGAAGUCGUGGAUGGACUGGUGGUGCGGACAAAGGACGGAAAGGAGUAUCACCUCACGGCCAUUACGAUGCGUGAUGAACUCUUUAACCGGCUCAUUGCCAUGGGGCAUCAGAUGUGGGAAGCGUGUUGA